CUUUUGCGCAUGAGCGGAAGACGAACAUUAAACAACUGUUAAACAUGUGAAGAGUGCAUGCGAGCUCUCUUAUUAUUUUAAAACAUUAAUACUUCAUUGUAUAGUAUGAAUUGGUAGGCAUGCAUGGGAAGAAAGUAUAUUAUGAGUAUUUUAAGCUGACGGAGGCAUGUGAAAAAUCAGCAGUCAGUAUUAGUUUUAUAGAAACAUGUGGAUAGUGUUAUGGAUGCAGUUAAAGAAUGCUUGAGAAAUGUUCCUAAAGAAGCUCGGGAGCUUUAUCUUAAUGAUACAGUGCCAUACCUGGAUGGGCCCCGCUCUCCACUUCAGUUUUAUCGUGACUGGAUUGGUCCCAACAAGCCCUGCAUCAUCCGCAAUGCCUUCAGUGAUUGGCCAGCUUUGUCUAAAUGGAACCCCACAUAUCUCAGAGAGAAAGUGGGCUCCAAAGCCAUCAGUGUGGCUGUCACUCCAAACGGAUAUGCAGAUGCCGUGAACGGGGAUCGCUUUGUGAUGCCAGAGGAGCGUCAGAUGACCUUUAGCUCUCUGCUGGACAUCAUUGAGGGGAAGGUGAAGUGCAGUGGUGUGUUUUACGUUCAGAAGCAAUGCUCAAAUCUGACUGAGGAGUUACCGGAGCUGACGGGAGACGUACAGACUCACAUCCCCUGGAUGAGUGAAGCUCUUGGAAAACAGCCUGAUGCUGUAAAUUUCUGGCUUGGGGAGGAAAGCGCUGUCACAUCAAUGCAUAAAGAUCAUUAUGAGAACCUGUACUGUGUGAUCUCUGGACAGAAAGAGUUUAUUUUGCUUCCACCGACUGAUAGACCUUUCAUACCGUAUGAGCUCUACCAGCCAGCGACAUACAGACUGAAAGAAGAUGGCAACUUUGAAAUAGUGGACGAGGAAGAUUCAACCAAAGUGCCCUGGAUCCCUCUAGACCCCCUGAACCCAGAUUAUGAUAGAUAUCCCUCCUACAGGCUGACUAAACCUCUGCUCUGCACUGUGAAAGCUGGAGAGAUGUUGUACCUGCCCUCCCUGUGGUUCCACCACGUUAGACAGUCUCAUGGCUGCAUAGCGGUGAAUUUCUGGUAUGACAUGGAAUAUGAUAUCAAGUACAAUUACUUCCAGCUUGUGGAGUCCUUGACAAACGCUGUUGGAUCACUGUGAGACUGUUCAAAGCUGAAGAUUUGGUUGAUAUAAUCGCUUAUCAACAGUUGCUGGCUUUACAUGUGGAGACUUCAUGAGAUAUGCAUGUACAUUUUUCGUGAUAUAGUAGAAUAUAUAUUGCAAUAAACAAUGCAGUUUAACAUGUAAUAAAUACAGUUUUAUUUGUUUGACUUCUCUGAGAAAGAGAUUUCAGGUGACAGAUUGUAUGAACACUGAGAAUAGAAACACUUGACUUCGGUUUGGAGCAAAAGGUAAGACAAAGUCACAAGUUUCCAAAAAGAAACGGUCUUAGAGAGCACUGGUCUAUCUGUAAUGCUAGACUACAUCUUGAUCAACUGUCAAUAGGUUAAGAGGAAAGCAGAGCUGGUCACCACAGAGAUAGCGCUGAAAGCAGAAGGUUUGCAUGAUUGUUCAUGAGGAGCAAGUCAAGCGUACAACCAUGCAUUCUAGUUCAGAGAGCGAGCCAACCAUAAAUUCUGCCUUUCUUCAUGCAUAUGUAGUGUAUUCAUGCGGAUUCUGACACAGUACUUUUGUUACUGAUGCAGUCCUACUGUAUGGUUUUCACUUCUGCUACAUCACUAGCCCACUAGCUAGCUAAAUCAAAUCUGUUUGGGCUUACUUUAUCAUUUUUCAUCUCAUGCAUUUUCAGUCUUGCUUAAAUCCAUAGCAUUUGUCACGAGAUGGCAAAUAAGAGUUGCAUACAAUAAUGGGUGUAAAUAAAUCUAUUUAACUACAAGACUGCCAGUGCAAUCUGCCAUUGGUGAAAAGGGUUACCCAACAGUUGGGUAAAAAUUUGCAUUGUUGUUGCAAUUGCACAUUUUGCAUCUUUCAUUGUUAAUAAAUUUGUACCAAAAGCACAAGAGAAUGUGACUAAGCAUCAAGUCAAUAAAUACAAUUUAUGCAUGCAUCUCAGACACCAGGCAAGUUGCAGCUGAACUAGUUGCCGAGUAGAUGGGUGUACACUGCAACUUUUAUAUUUUUUUUAUGUCAGAUCGUACAAUAUGACACCUGUCAGAAAAAGCCAUGUCGACUAUUUUAUGUCAGGCUAUAUGAUAAAAAUCUUUGGUCACCACUGACGGAGUUAACUUAAGCGAUCAAAGACUGUCAAUAUUUUCCCAUCAAUUUGUCCCGUUGACAAAAAAAAUCUUCUAAGAUCGCAAAAUCGUACAGUAUGCACCUGGCUUUAGCUUGGUUUUGUAUCCGUAGAAGAGCUGGACACGUUAAAAUAUGUGCAGGUCCAUCUAUAUAAGAAGUUACAGUACACUUAACAUAUUACGCCAUCAUUUUGAAUUAAGCUUAAUGACACAACAAGUGCCUUACUGUACAUUAUCAAUAUUAUCACGGAAAAAGAAGAGCUGCUUCAAGCAGAGGUCAGAGAGGCAACACCUUAACCUAGAUAGCAAUGGAUUGUGGGAAAGACUGGAAUACAGAGUGACUGUUUUGUUUAGCUCUUGGGAAAAUAACAGAGCACAUAACAAUAAAACACCUUUAAGAAGUCAUAAUUGGAAAACAAGUUUUUCUGUAAAAAUGCUUUUCAGGAUAAGGGUAUUUUCAAAAUCAAGGUUCUGUAAAAUCUGUAAACCGUUCUCAUAAUUUGUGCACAAAACUUUAUCUACUUGGCUAUUGCAACUAUCAGUGUCACCAGAACAAUCAAUUCAAUUCAGUGUUUUUAUGGCAGUUUUGUUUUUGUCACAAUCUGCAGCCUAGAAUUAAUCAAUUGGAGGUGGACAACAUCCAAAUAUCACUGAUCAUUUCUAUAUAUAACCUGCUUGAAUUACAAAUGCCAGAUUCAUUCCUUCAAACAAAUUGCUGGUCGAGAUUAAGGCACCUGUAUCCAUGAGACAGUUACCAUUCAAGUACAAAAAAGUCCUGCAAAUAAAACGAUACAAAAUCAUCCUUCAAAUUCCCCCAUUUUUUCUCUGGCACCCAACUGACUCUGCUGGGCAUCAG